AUGGGAAGGAGCCUGGAAAGACACGUGGCACCCGGUGCGAGCAGAACCCUAUGGUGGGGGCGGGGCCGACUGGGCUUUCCCCUCCCCCUCGAGGAAACUUCAUUCUUCUCACAGGAACCCAACUCUGCCUCUAACUUCCCGGGCCUCAGUUUCCCUACCUAGCAGAAAACCAAUGGAGUUUUCUUCCAUAAAAGCCAAGCUCACAGGAAACAAAAGCAACGAUACCAUAAGGAAAAGCCUCAUCAGCACAUUUUUGUUCACGCUCUCCUGGCUGCUGCGUUGAAGGGCCACAGCGGGAAUGUCAGUAGCAUGGACUUCAGCAACAAUGGUAAAUAUCUGACGACCUGUGCUGAUGACCGAACCAUCCACAUCUGGAGCACCAAGGAUUUCUUGCAUCGGGAACAUCGAAGUCUUCGCGUUAAUGUGAAAUUGGACCAUGCCACCUUGGUGCGCUUCAGCCCUGACUGCAGAGCUUUGAUCACCUGGCUGGCUAAUGGAGACACCAUCCGUGUAUUCAAGAUGAAAAAGAAGGAUGAUGGUAACAGUAGUUUCCAGCCUAUGGAUGAUGACUUUCCUAAGAGGCACAAGGCACCAGUCAUCAACAUUGGCAUUGCUGAGACAGGAAAGUUCAUCAUGUCUGUCUCCAACGACACCACGAUCAUCAUCUGGACCUUAAAGGGGGAAGUGCUGUCCAUCAUCAACACGAACCAGAUGAACAACACCUACGCAGUCAUCUCCCCUUGUAGCAGAUUUGUGGGCUCAUGUGGCUUCACUCCAGAUGCUAAAGUUUGGGAAGUUUGCUUUAACAAAAAUGGGCAAUUCCGAGAGGUGACACGCGCCUUUGAACUGAAGGGCCAUACCGCGGGUAUCCACUCCUUGGCUUUCUCCAGUGACUCCUGCCGGAUGGCGACUGUCUCCAAGGAUGGGACGUGGAAGUUGUGGGCCACAGACGUAGAGUACAAGCUGCAGCAAGACCCCUACGUCCUGCUGACAGGGACGCACGGCGAGGCGGCCUCCACGCCUUGCGUCCUGGCCCUCUCUGCAGACGCCCAGGUCUUGGCUCUGGCCAGCGGCAACAACAUACGCCUCUAUAACACGAAGCGGGGCGAGGAGGAAGAGAGCUUUGAGAAGGUCCAUGAGGAUCGGGUGGCCGAGAUGACCUUUGACACCACAGGUCGGUUCCUGGCUUCCUGUGGAGACAGGGUGGUGAAGGUCUUCCAUAACACCACUGGGCAGAGGGCCAUAGUGGAGAAGGUGCAGGGGCUCCUCAAACGGGGCCCCACUGAAACCACCCGACAGAGGCUGAAUCAGCAGCUGGCCCAAGCCCAGGCGACUCUCAGAAGUCUGGGGGCCGUGAAGGUCUGAGGAAGGAAAGGCUGGACUUAGAAGGAAGCAGUGACGGAAGUGGGGUCCUUGCUGCACGUGCUCCUGCUCCCUCUCCCUUGGCCCAGGGUGGCCUUGGGGGGGGGGCAUCAUCCCAGGGUGUCUUUCUUGUUUUUCCCCUUUCCUCACCCCCACAUCCUUCUGUCUCACUAGACAUUUUUGGGACUGCAGACCAAAAGUAGCUGCCCUUCCACCAGCUAAGGCCUUGUCCCUGGGUCUCUGGAAACAUUCCAUAUUGGUGUCUGGCACCUGGAAAAGAUUUUGGGACUUUGGGCCCUACUUUUUCCUCCAAGGAAGGACCUCGGACCCCUAGACUCAUUGUCUUGGCAGCUGCCUUUGGGCGUAGGUAGUAAUUAACUGUGGUGCUUGUCCCUGCUGUGGGUCCAAGGGACAGAUUCCAGCCAGACCUGGACAGUGUUUUAGCAGGAAAAGAAAAAUGAAUGGACUUGGUAGAGGGUGGAGUCAGAAUGAUCUUUUAUCUUGUGGCAGCCCUUGGAUAAGCAGGAUUAGAGGUAGGCCAAAGCUGGGUUUUAGAUAAGGACCAAGAUUCAUUGGAGGGCAGGAUGGGCAGGUGUUUUAUUUCCAGUAAUGGAGCUGGGGCCAAGAGAUGUGAAAGUUGGGUCAUUAUUCACCUGUGAUUCUUGGCUCAGGGUAACCUGGGCAGGCCACGAAAUCUUCUGUUCUGUUUUCCUCCAUUUCAUAGUUUGUAAGAAGAGAGGAAUGAUACCCACUUGUUAACUACCUCACAGAGGUGUUGUGAGGGCAGAUGAGAGUGUGUCAUUUUCUUCCGUUUUGGACAAAAGAUGCUAAAGCUUUGAAUACA